AUGCCGACGCUCACCAGCACCCUCCUGAUGCUCACUACUGUGCUCCUCUGCCCGUACACACCUCUCGCCGCAGCAGAUCCCUCACCAGAUCUUCACACAUUCCCCCUCGAGCCCCGGCAGGCCUUUGACGACAGCUACAAGAUUUAUUUGCGGAAACGCAAUGGCCACGCCUGCAUCAUGUCCAUUGUCUUUCUCGUCCUCUUCCCCCUCGGCGCUAUCGCCCCACACCUGCCCCUCAACGGCGUCGUCCGGCGCGUCAUCACGCGCGUGCACGCCCCGAUCCAGAUCUUGGGACUGUGUAUGAUGAUUGGCGCUAUGGGUCUGGGUAUCGACAUCGCGCGCAACGACUUGCACUACAUCAAUCCCGUCAAAGCGCAUGUGGCGUUGGGAUUGUUGACGACGAGUAUGAUCAUUGCGGUACAGCCGGCUUUAGGGUUGGUACAUCAUGUGAGGUACGGAAGGAAGGGGAAGUCGAGUGGGUUUAAGUAUGUGCAUCGGUGGGUUGGGAGGUGUGGGAUUGUGAUGGGGUGGGUGAAUUCGUGGUUGGGUUUCAGGCUGGUUGGUUGGGAGUUUGUGAAGGACCAUAGUGUUGUGAGAAAUGCGGUGGUUAUGGGUGUGUUGGGAGCGGUGUGGUUUGGGUUGGUGGGGUGGGACGGGUGGAGGAGGCAUGUCAUGGGCAGGAGUGGUUUGAGGGAGGUGAGUACGCCGUGGGCGAGGCGGUGGGCCAGCGGCAGUGGUGUUGGUGAUAAUGCUGAGAAGGUAGUUUCGGGCUCGCCGGCUGGGUCUGAGAGGCGGCUGCCUGAUGUUGGGGUUUCGUACUGGGGCGAGGAGAAUCGAAGGGUUUGA